GCACUCGUGAUCCACCCCAACCCAGCAGCCAUCACACGCGCGCGCGCGCACGGGAAGAAACCCCUUUCCCUCGGCAACGACGUACGAAGUGGCCGCCGCGAUCCGGCUGCCUCGCCCCCGGCUCGCGCGGCGCGGCGCGGCGCGUGAAUGAUUUGUGACCUUGACAUGGCGAUGCGGGUGGAGAACGGGCGCCCCCAUCAAGUGCCCAUCAUGGUGAGGAAGAAGAGAACUGGCCCUGGCGGUUCCGGAGAAACUUCCGGAGAGUCUUCAGGGGCUUCUGGACAAGGUUCCUCACAGCGACCUGAGCGAACUCAACAACAUGGAGGAGGACGCGGCUGGCCUCAACAGGGUGGCCGUGGUGGUGGGCAAUACCAGGGCCGUGGUGGACAUUAUCAGGGCCGUGGAGGGCCAGGGCCACAUCACCCAGGUGGUGGGCCACCUGAGUAUCACCCGCGUGACUACCAGGGACGUGGUGGUGAAUACCAGGGACGUGGUGGCGACUACCAGGGACGUGGUGGUGAAUACCAGGGACGUGGUGGCCCCCGUCCCAGAGGUGGAAUGCCGCAGCCAUACUAUGGCGGGCAAAGGGGAGGUAGUGUUGGACGAAAUGUUCCUCCAGGUCCAUCCAGAACAGUUCCCGAGCUGCACCAAGCCCCAUAUGUCCAGUAUCAAGCCCCGAUGGUUUCACCAUCCCCAUCGGGACCUGGCUCAUCCUCACAGCCUGUGACAGAGGUGAGCUCUGGACAUGUCCAGCAACAAUUUCAGCAACUUUCUAUUCGUGGUCAGACUUCCACAAGUCAAGAAAUUCAAGUGGCACCGGCAUCAAGCAAAUCAGUUCGAUUCCCGCUGCGCCCUGGCAAGGGCACUUAUGGGGACAGGUGCAUUGUGAAAGCAAACCAUUUCUUUGCUGAACUUCCUGACAAAGACCUUCACCAAUACGAUGUAUCUAUAACGCCUGAGGUUACUUCACGUGGUGUCAAUCGUGCUGUCAUGGGAGAGCUUGUAACGCUGUAUAGACAAUCCCAAUUGGGUGGGCGUCUACCUGCAUAUGAUGGAAGAAAGAGCCUUUAUACAGCUGGACCUCUGCCAUUUACUUCUAGGACAUUUGAAAUUACCUUGCAAGAUGAGGAAGAUAGUCUUAGUGGUGGCCAAGGUGGGCAAAGGCGCGAGAGAGUAUUUAGGGUGGUGAUCAAAUUUGCUGCCCGUGCUGAUCUCCACCAUUUGGCUAUGUUCCUAGCUGGAAGGCAAGCAGAUGCUCCUCAAGAAGCUCUUCAAGUGCUUGACAUUGUACUCCGUGAAUUGCCUACUGCGAGGUAUUCUCCUGUUGGUAGAUCAUUUUAUUCUCCCGACUUAGGGAGACGUCAGCAACUUGGUGAGGGUUUGGAAAGUUGGCGCGGUUUUUACCAAAGCAUAAGGCCAACUCAGAUGGGCCUUUCACUGAAUAUCGAUAUGUCAUCAACUGCGUUUAUCGAGCCUCUCCCUGUGAUUGAUUUUGUUGCCCAGCUUCUUAACAGAGAUAUCUCAGUUAGACCAUUGUCUGAUUCUGAUCGCGUGAAGAUCAAAAAAGCCCUGAGAGGUGUGAAGGUCGAGGUCACGCACCGAGGAAACAUGCGCAGAAAAUAUCGUAUCUCUGGCCUCACUUCACAAGCAACAAGAGAGCUAUCAUUCCCUGUUGAUGAUCGUGGUACCGUGAAGACUGUAGUGCAAUAUUUUAUGGAGACUUAUGGUUUUAGUAUUCAACACACCACUUUACCUUGCUUGCAAGUGGGCAAUCAGCAAAGACCAAACUAUCUGCCUAUGGAAGUCUGUAAGAUUGUUGGAGGACAGCGUUACUCAAAGCGACUCAAUGAGAAACAAAUCACUGCUCUGCUGAAAGUGACCUGUCAGCGCCCUCAAGAGCGUGAGCUGGACAUCUUGCAGACUGUGCAUCACAAUGCAUACUAUGAAGACCCAUAUGCACAGGAAUUUGGUAUAAGAAUUGAUGAACGUCUUGCAGCAGUUGAAGCUCGUGUUCUGCCACCACCAAGGCUUAAAUACCAUGAUAGUGGCCGAGAGAAGGAUGUCCUGCCAAGGGUUGGCCAAUGGAACAUGAUGAAUAAGAAAAUGGUUAAUGGUGGUAGAGUCAGCAACUGGGCGUGCAUUAACUUUUCUCGGAAUGUGCAAGAUAGUGCUGCUAGGGGCUUCUGUCAUGAGCUGGCUAUCAUGUGCCAAAUAUCUGGAAUGGACUUUGCUCUUGAGCCUGUGCUGCCACCACUGACUGCAAGGCCAGAGCAUGUUGAGAGAGCAUUAAAGGCACGCUAUCAAGAUGCGAUGAACAUACUGAGACCCCAGGGCAGGGAACUUGACCUGCUGAUUGUAAUACUGCCUGACAAUAAUGGUUCUCUUUAUGGGGAUCUCAAGAGAAUCUGUGAGACUGAUCUUGGAUUGGUCUCCCAGUGUUGCUUGACUAAGCAUGUUUUUAAGAUGAGCAAGCAGUAUCUUGCAAAUGUUGCACUCAAAAUAAAUGUUAAGGUUGGUGGAAGGAAUACUGUACUUGUAGAUGCUUUGACAAGGAGAAUCCCCCUUGUCAGUGACAGACCAACUAUUAUAUUUGGUGCUGAUGUUACCCAUCCCCAUCCUGGAGAAGACUCCAGUCCUUCCAUUGCAGCUGUUGUUGCUUCUCAAGACUGGCCUGAGGUCACCAAGUAUGCUGGUCUAGUGAGUGCUCAAGCCCAUCGCCAGGAGCUGAUUCAGGAUCUUUUCAAAGUAUGGCAAGAUCCACAAAGAGGGACAGUAACCGGUGGCAUGAUCAAGGAACUUCUCAUUUCUUUUAAGAGGGCAACUGGACAGAAACCUCAGAGGAUCAUAUUCUACAGGGAUGGUGUCAGUGAGGGGCAGUUCUAUCAAGUAUUGCUGUAUGAACUUGAUGCCAUCAGAAAGGCCUGUGCAUCCUUGGAGCCCAAUUACCAGCCUCCAGUUACUUUUGUGGUAGUUCAGAAGCGACAUCACACUAGGUUGUUUGCUAAUAACCACAAUGAUCAGCGCACUGUUGAUAGAAGUGGAAACAUACUGCCUGGUACCGUGGUUGAUUCAAAGAUUUGCCAUCCUACUGAGUUUGAUUUCUACCUGUGUAGCCAUGCUGGCAUUCAGGGAACAAGCCGCCCUGCUCAUUAUCAUGUCCUGUGGGAUGAGAACAAGUUUACGGCUGAUGAGCUGCAGACUCUGACAAACAACCUGUGCUACACAUAUGCUAGGUGCACCCGCUCUGUGUCAAUUGUGCCUCCGGCAUACUAUGCUCAUCUGGCAGCCUUCCGAGCUCGCUUCUACAUGGAGCCAGAUACCUCUGACAGCGGGUCAAUGGCAAGUGGCGCCCGUGGCCCUCCACCAGGUGGGGCACGCAGCAGCAGGGCUGCGGGAAGUGUUGCUGUUAGGCCCCUGCCCGCUCUCAAGGAGAACGUGAAGCGUGUCAUGUUUUACUGCUGAGAUGCUGAGCAGUGAGCAGCUUCCACCAAGGAGUAUCCUGGAGUAUUCCAUGUACCCGCGCUAUUUCGAUGUUUGCAGUUUGACACCCAUCUUUAUGCAUUCAGACUAGCCCAGUGAUCUGUGGAUUUUAAGUACCUGUACUGUGUUGGCAGUGUUGUGAACUCCGCUAUGGGGAUCUGUGGAUUUCAAGUACCUGAACUGUGUUGGCAGUGUUGUGAACUAUUUCUUGUAAGUUGUAGCCAGCCACACCUUAGACUGGUAUGUAUCGACGAACUAUUUCUGUGAGGCUUGCUUGUUUGAUGAUAAUGACCGCUUCUCUUUUCCUAA